UGCGAGGAGCUUCCGACAAGCCUCGACGUACGUCAUCUCCUCACGCGACCGACGCGACACCCGCCCGUAGUCAUGAGCACGCGCGUGUUUGUGCGUCUUUACGACGGAUCGACGCUGCAUGAGACCGACGACGAGGUGCUGCAGCUGCCGCCGCCGCCGCUCAAGUGGAAGGACGCCAUCACUGCAAUGGUGGCGGCUGUUGGCAAGCAGGGCGAGUACGAAGAUGGAGUGACGACGCCGAAGGCGCGACUCUUUUUGCUGCCAACGGAGGCCACGGGCAUCGCUGCUGAGCUCAACGCUCGUUCUCUACGCUUCGGUGUUCGCGAAAAUGACCGCUUCGUGGUUUGUCUGCGGGGUGAAGACUACCAGCAACCCAGCGAGCGACAGGCCACUUCUGGAAGUGAGGUCGCUGCGGCUGCCACUGGUGGAUCGUCGGCAAGACCCUUGACGCUGUCCACUCCAAGUGCCAGCAAUGCCACUUCGCAACCCAGUAUCUCUCCCUACGCUAAUAGUCAAGCCACGGGCAAUGCUGCACCUUCUGGGAACAUGGGAGGACCUCCCAGAGGAGGGAUGGGAGGCAGCGCUCCUUCCGGAGGCCUGAUGUCCAGUGGCAAGAAGGGAAACAAGCGCUAUCGCAGUAUUUCAGGCAAAAUGGCUGCAAUCAAGUCGCUGGGUGACAAGGGUCUUAUCUCCAACGACGAUCGAGGCCACUUGAAAGAUCUGCUGCUGAACAACGACUCUCCUCAACUGCAAGAAGCGCUGUACAAGUACAACAAUACGGGCGACUUCCAGGCUGUAAAGGAGCUGCUGCUCAAGGAGAUCCAGAAUCCAUCUUCAAAGCGCAACACCGGCGAAUGGCUGUCGGAAAGUUUUGUCAACGAUAUUGCUCUCAACUUCAACACAACGCCGCCGGCUGCCAAGUCGGAGCCAGUGGCAGUGCAAAAUGUCAACAAUACGGGGCGAUUCAACACGGUGCCUGCAGCGCUGGCUCCUACAGCGAACACGUAUGCAUAUCAAACGAACCAGUCUACACCGAUGAAUGCGACCAAUUACUCGCAGAGCUCUCCCAUGACAAUGAACCAGUACUCGACUCCCACAAAUAUGGUUACUUCCACUGCCGGAGGUAUGCCAGCUAGUAAUGGAUACAGCUCUGGAAUGAAUGGCUACCCACCCACGACGAUCAUGACGCAGCAAUAUCACCAGCCACAAGCCUCGCCGACCAACAUGUACGCUAAUGCACCUCCGCAGAUCAAUCUGCCUCUCAGAGAUCGUGCUACAUACAUGAAACGGGGAUACGAGUCCUCGCCUGUGCACAAUAUGAUGGAAAUGAGCCCACCUGCAGUAUCUCCCGCAGCCUCUGCCCACAUGGGCAUGAAUGGCUACGGUAUGCAGCAAGGGUACGCCAUGAACCAAGGGAAUUAUCCAGCAAACGUUAUCUACGCUGGAGAUCAGUCGCAGUACACCAUGAACGCGUACAUGUCCGGCGCUAAUGGCGGGUACAAUCCGUACCAGCAGCAGCCUCAGUAUGCUAUGAACCGGUACGGGUACGGCAGUAUGCAGCCUGACAUGGGCUACAAUUUCUACGCUGCGGGCUACGGAUUUGGCAAGGCGCAGCUUCGUGCUGGUCCAGGGGGCAAGUGGACCACUGCUCCACCGAUGCCAUCGUAUCCUCCGCCGUGCUCGAAGGAGGAAAAGAAGGAGAAGAUUGCCAAGUGGUUGAAAAAGCGCGAGAACCGCAACUGGUCCAACAAACCAUCUUAUCCCGUGCGGCACAGCAUCGCCAAGAACCGCAAACGUGGAGAAGACGGUCGGUUUAUCACAAAAGCGCGUUUGGCUGAGAUGGCAAAGGAGGAGGCAGCAGCAGCGGCAGCAGCUGGGAAUAGUGACGAACCUCAGAAGGCAUCUCCUCCGUCGUCUACUGCCGGAGAAGCUCCGAUCUCGAUGGUGUCUCAAACUGCCAUGCCUCAGGCUACGUCCGUGCCGUAG